UCAACUUCCGGUCUACAUUCUAGUUUCACUUUACCAGUUAACACACAUGUCAAAAAUGGAUAGAUUUGAAAACUGAGCGGUUUUUAGCUUUUAACUUUAUAGCAGAGAGAAUGAGAACACUGAUUUUGGACGUCCAAAACGAACAAAACCAAAAAUUCGUUUUAGAAGCUAAUGAAGCUGACCCUAUCCCUGAUAAAUAUGAUAUUGUUGUCCAGGUGAAGGCAUGUGCAUUAUCAUCACCUAAUUUUAAGGUUCUAUCAGAUGUUUAUAAAAAGUAUCCACGUAGCCGCUACAUUGUGGGGUAUGAGGUGGCUGGCAUUGUCACUCAGAAGGGACCAGAAGUCAGUAAUGUAGCUACUGGAGAUUCUGUUGUUGGUAUUGUUUCCUUAGGAAGUCAUUACUCGGGAUGUGGGGAGUACUGUUUGUUAUCAGAGUAUGAUGUUGUGAAGAAGCCAGAACGCCUGAGCUAUGAGGAGGCAGUAGCAGGCAUUGGUGACUGCCUAAAGGCAUACACUGCCUUAUACUACCAUGCACAUGUCUGUAGCGGAGAUACAGUCCUCAUUAUAGAUGGGGCUUCGUCAUUUGGAAAUGUUGCCAUACAGCUAGCUAGUCAAUGGGGAGCAAAGGUGAUAUCUACUGCCAGUAGCAAUGAGGAAAGAGGCAUUCUGGAAAACCUAGACACCCCAAUAGCUCAGAUAAUUGACCUUGACCAGAGAAGUAACAUCCUUGUCAGCAGUGUGAUGGAGGAGACGGGAGGUGUGGGGGUGGAUGUUGUCAUCGACAACGGAGUGCGACAAUUCAAUGAUGAAGAAGACCAAAAGAUAGUGGGAGAAAAUUUAAAAUAUCCCAAACCACAUAAACAUGAUGUCAUUUCCUGUCUAGGUGCCUCUGGGAAAUGGAUCACACAGCAGCCAGGCCUCCAGCUGGAUCCACCAGAUUGCCAGAAAUUAUUUCUCAGAGGAGGGAGUGUUCACUUCCUGUUUGAGAAUAUAUGGACGUUAGCGUACUCACAACAUGGACGAUUCCAGCACAUUCUCCAGGAUGCAGUGGAAAAACUUGAAAGAGGGAUUGUCAAGUGCAAGAUAUCAAAGACAAUCUCCCUUGAUAGUGCAGCUGAUACCAUGAAGACUCUACAAGACAUUCGUACAGGAAAAGUUGUUGUGAAAAUAUAAUCUACCACUUGUGCAAAGACAUCAGUUCAGGAAAAAGUUGUAAAAAUAAAUCUACAACUUGUACAAAAACAAAUAUUUCUCUGAAGGUAAUGAGGAAUCUUUAUCACUGAGUUACCAAUUUACCUUGUCUGUUAACUCAAAUAUAAAUGAAAUUUACCAGGUCAACAAGUCUCACUAUUGAAAGUCAAGAAUACUAUCAACAUUUGAUAGUUCUCAGAGACCUAACAAACAUGUACAUGUACAUGUAGAAAAUAGACACGUUUGUACCUGGAUAAGAUUGAUGAAAAUUCAAAAUUAUUAAAAAGAACAGUCACGUCUCUGUAUACAUUCGUCAUUUCUCAUAAUAUAGUAUAUCGAUUGUCAUCAUCAUUUUGGUCUUUUUUCUUUGAAUUAAUGUAUUCAUGUUA